CUGCUUCAUUCAUUCCCGUGUUCCCUUUUCUCCAUCAACAUCUCGGACACUAUCAUCCGCUCACUGUACUACUGUCGUAUGCUCUCACAUUCCGGCACGAGCGCCAUCAUUACCUGUUGUCCUUCUUUGUAAGGGUUUCACGUCUCUGUUCCAUGUAGUCUACCGAUCAUCUGCUACCAUGGGUCUACUACGGACCGACGAAAAUACACCACCGAGCAAUCAUGGAUCUCCAGGAUCAUCCUCGGGCAACGCGAAGCUUUCUGCAAAGAAACUCAUGUAUGGCUUCACCAAAACAGGCCUCAAGGCCAAAAAGAGUCUACUUAGCUUGUUCAACUCGGCUCAGAGCAGCCCUGACGUGCAAAUACGCUCCAAAUUUCCCACUCGCAAUGUAUCGACCCCAGACUUGCCCACGACUUUGGAAAGAAGGAACACGAUCUCAUCAGUCGAUGAGCGACGCCUAUUGCCAAUUGCAACCCUGACGUCAUCAACGAGAUUCAGUCUCUGGUCAAACACGUUACGGCAUCCUUCUUCGAGGAGACCAGUACAAAUCGCCGAUGACAUUGAAGGCCAUGAAACUCUAAUGGAUACACAUUUGGAGCGAUCAGAUGCCACUCCAACGCCGGAUUUCUUCCCCAUAGCGCCCUCUGUUGCGCCCUCUGUCACUCUUGACCAGUCCGAGUGGGGCGACUUUGGUUCUCUCUGGAAAACAGGGAACGAUAUCACAGCUGAUAUACCACGCUCUUCUCCCAUCGUCGUUCCAUCAGCUUUGAAAUGUACGAUGGGAAGCGAUACCCCCAAGCCUUCUCGCGUUAUUCCUCAAAAUUUCAUCGUUGGAAGUAUACCUCAGGAGCCUAGUCCAUUUGAUGACCUAGUCGCGAACGAGCCGAGUCCCACAGCAGUCAAAUCCAGGUCCGAAACAUUGCAUAUCUCGCUUGCUGGUUCACCUCUGCGAUUUGCAGUAGACCCGAUGCCUACUCCCAUGCCAGGGACCACAAUGGCAAUGGAUGAAGCUUAUAGUGAUCCGAUCCCACCGGCCUACACCGACCUUUAUCCGAUCUCAGCAAACCCUUUCCCAAUUGCUAGUAGCUGCAUUGCUUCAAAGCCACCGGAUUGUGGUAUUGGGAUCCUUGGAAGGAGUGGAGAUACUUUGGACCGCCUGCGUGAAGAACUCAAUGGUAUAGAGUCGACAGAGGGUCCAACGGCUAAGAGAGAACCAUCAGAGCCCAACGCGGACCCGAAAGAUUCUCUCCAUUCAUGUAGCCCUCCAAACUCGAAGACUCAGAUGCAAUCAAGACUUUGUACGCCUUCUCCGCGGCCCGCUCGCAUGGGUCCCAAGGAUGAGUUUGAACGGUCUAGAGCUGACAGAGAGAGACGAUACGAGGAAGCUAAUGGAUCUUACCAUGUUGAAGCUGAUUGCGUUCCUGGUAGAGAUGUAGUAGACACUCCGCCAAGUCGGAGUGAAAGAUGCACGUCGAGACUCACCCAGCGAAGUUCAAAUUGGGGAGAGGCUGGGCUCAUUCCGGAGUACAUCCAACAAGCCCGCGACCAUUUUGGACUGUUCGAUGAUAGUCCACAGUCUUCAUCGGCUGCCAAACAUCGUCGCAGACUCAUGCGAAGCAAAAGUCUGACGGAUCAUCAGCUUCAAUCCGACACAUCGCGUAGUCACGCAUCAUCGCAUGUGUCGAUCUCUCAUCUUGAAUCACUGAAAGAUCUCUAUCUAUCUUCAAUUGACCCACGGAUUACGGAGAGCUUUGCUUGGUUUGGCCUAGAAAGUCAACGAUGCCCGAAACCUCCGUCUGUUGAAGGAUUUGCAGGAACACAGGAGGAGGGCUCAUCAGAUGAUCCAAGAUCCCCGGAUGACACCCCCAAGUCCAAAAGCUACUACACUGAUGAUCCCGUGCUCUACGAUCUUAUGGCAAGAAUCGGUACGACUGUCGAGGACCUUGCCGAGGUAGAUCUCAUUCAUCGCUUAUUGGUGAAAGCCCGUCGAAAACAAAAGCUAAGAAAGGCUUUGAAAGGUCUUUCUAGUCCGAAGCCCGUUGUGCAGCCAAAAGUGCGGCGUGAUAGACACAGUCUACCAGCUCGGUUCAAAGGUUGGUUUUCUCGAAGUCCUUCUAAAUCUGGUACUAUGAGCGAAGAGGCUACGGAUGAAAUGAUAUGUGAAAUCGAAGCGCGGCUAUAUGGCCGUAAGUCUAACAAGAGCUUGGACUCCAUAUCUGACGACUCCGAAAUCACCGUCACUGCGGAGUUUGAAGCGCAUCAGACUGUUCUCGGUAUCAGAGGAGGCGGACCCGCUCUGCCACGGUGUGAUCGCCCUGUCAAUCCGUAUGGUGGGACACAGGAUAUAUUGCCGGCAAGUCGAUCAAUGCCUCACGAUCUUCAUAAAACUCCAUGGGAUGGAGAAGCCAAUAGGGACGAUCUCACCAGCAAGUCCACUGGCAUACCUAUUAAUUCUGUAGAGACCAAUGCGGCAACCAGCGCUGGAGGAUCAACGCGGCAUACAUCAGAGAACAAGACGUUGUCUGAUUGUAAAUUAUCCGAAGAGAGGUUGGUCGAACCAAGCUCUAAGCAAGGUUCGGUGGUACCGGUCUCAAUCUCACAGGAGAUACCUGCUAUGCCAUUUACGGAUCCGGAUGACGAUGAUUGUUAUUCUAGGAACUCUUUCGGCGAUACGAUCCGAAAAGCGCUAGCCAGCGACUCGGAAACUUCAUCUGUGGAUGAAGCCAGUUCCAUUGAAUAUAUAUCAGGAUCGAAGCAUACCAAUGCAAAACGGGACACUCCUCCCUGUGAUGACGACGAUGAUGAUGAGAUGUUAACGCAUUCUCGCUCAAAAGAUGUCCAUAGCAAGUUUCAGACACGAAGUCCAACACCUCCAGCACAUGUCCUAUUCAGGACGAUAUCACAAAAAGACAGCAAAACAGCCGCGGGAAAGCCACUGCGACCCAAAUCACCUCCACCCACAAUACUAGGGCCCUUAACGGAGUCAGCCCGAUUGGAUGAUUGUGGCUCAGAUGAUGAGUCCACGACAGGGCUUCCAGCUGUUCACGUUGUCGACAUAGAAGAAAAUUAUGUGGACAGUGGGGAAGAACUGAACAAAUGGGGUCUCGAUACCUCACCACAUCCGAUGAACACUGGAUCUAUAGUUGAAGUCCAUCCUGUCCCACCUACAUCUUCCGACAUGCAUACAACCUGAUGGACGUCGUCGGCGUCAUCUUCGACCCUCGCUAGUGACACACAUGCUUCUUACCGCAGGUACGGUACGUUGGAAGUCCGUGAACGACCAUCACUCGACCGUUUCUUCUAGCUUCAAGCUCUUUAACACAUUUUAAUACAUUCUGUCGCUCGCAUGCAUGAAAGGAUGGGCUGAGAAAGCGGGGCUAGUGCAGGCAUUAAGCCAUACCAUUCUCAUAUCUGUCUCUAAUGUCAUAUACAUAUCAUUCUUAUCAUGGGAUCAUGGCCUUCACAGCAGGAGUUUAGUACCAAGCAUAAAGAAAUGAAGCAUUAUGAAAACGAUUUCAGGCGCAUCCUGCGUUACAGUUGGAGCUAGUGUCAUUUA